AUGGGUCAUGCUUAUUCAGGCAAAGAUAAUCACAAAAAAGCACUGGAAAUGCAUGAAAAAGCGCUAGAGAUUGGUCAGCAAUGUUGGCCAUCAGGUCAUCCGGAGAUUAGCCAAGCCUAUUGUAAUAUUGGUGGUGCAAGUCGUUCUUUGAAGGAUUAUGCAAGAGCAUUGAGCAACUGUGAAAAAGCCUUGAUUAUUGCUAGAAACUGUUUACCUUCAACUCAUCCAGAUCUAGCAGAGGCUUACUCAAAUCUAGCAGAAGUCUACAGUAUUACGAAUGAAUCAUCGAUGGCGUUGACUUAUUUUCUCAAAGCGCUGGAUAUUUAUACUAAGAAUCCACCCAUUAAUUCGUUCACAUUAGGUGUUUUGUACGAGGAAAUGGGGAUUGAAUAUUCCACAGUAGAAAAAUAUGAAGAAGCAUUGAAACAUUUUCAAAUGGCUUUAAAUAUAUUUCAGUCAUCUCAUGAAGUCGAAUCCUCGUUAAAAACAUUAUUUUUGAAUCUCGGUCAAGUUUAUCAUCACAACAAUGAUUAUGACAAUGCUUUGAUUUAUAUUGAAAAAUAUAUUCAAUUCGAAUUAAUGUUAAUACCAAAUAUUAACUAUCAGAAUCUUUCACAAGCAUACGAUACUCUCGGAGAUAUUCAUCAUCAAAGAAAGAAUUAUCCUAUUGCAUUGAAAAACUAUGAAAAAGCCUUGGAAAGUGCUGAAAAAGUUGAUUCAAUAUCUUCGACUGAGGAAGAUCGGUCAACAUUGAUUCAGCAAUAUCAAAAUACUAUCAAAUUGAUAAAAGACUUAAUCGACUAA